AUGGAGUUGCUUUCGCGAGACGGACACUUGAGGUUCCGCUCCAUGACAGAGCUUCUUUCGCUGACAAACUUCGUUUUCAAGCCCGAGUACCCCUCUGAUGAGUCCGAAGACCCCGUAGGACCUCCUCGAAUCUUUUCGGCCACCGAUGGCUCAGUCAAUGGCCGCGGCUAUCUCUACUCCUCUAGCUUUACAAAUGUCGUCGCUCGAAAGGAUGAAUUCGCUGUUGCCACUCUGGUUGACAUAGACAGUAACUCGCCCAAGGGUGUAAUAGUGGCCAACGUACAACCUGGAGAGAGCUACCAGAUAGCUUUAUCAGCAAAAAAUACCUCUGCAGACGUUAUUGGACAGGUGAGGUGUACAGUCACCGAUCUCGAUCAAGACGCGACUCCUGAAGGGUUGAUCGGUCACUACCUCAACAGCAUCGAGGAGCCGGAUGCAGCAGAAAACGAAGAACUACAUUUUCAGGUAAAGCAUAGCUUUCUGAAACAUGCCAGUACUGUCGCCGGGCUUCUCAGGGGAAUGCGAGAUGCUGACACGGUCGACACGUUACACGAAGCCGCUACCCAUUUUCGGACGUACUGUAUCAUCGCCGGAUGCGAUAAAAUCUAUGCGCGCUUCUUUCGGGGCUCGAGAAACCCGUCUGGCUCUCUGGCAACUACCGUGGGUACCGCGGCGACAGAGAACGAGACCACGCGGGAUCAGGUGAGACCAAGCAAACCGACAGAGGCAGACGAGAUACGAAGGCUUAAAGAAGUCAUGAAUGGCGACCGACGCAACUUUUACGACAUCUUAACAUACGACAUCUCCAGCUGUACUUCUCUCCACCAAGGCAUCGGCCCUUCAAUAUGGCUUCAGCCCCUAUCAGAACACUCGUUAGCACGACUGGGUCAAAUACUGCAGUUCCUUCGAGAUCAUGGAUGCCAGAAGGGUUUGGAGGACUAUCACCCAACAGAAUCCGACUGGUAUCACAAAACUAAGGACAGGGAAGCCUUUCAUCACAUUGUUCGCUCACUUGUUAGGGUCACAGCAGAGAAACUGGAUCACCUCAUCGCUGCCAAAAGAGCAUACCACACAACCAAAUUAGCGACGCAAAAGCUCAGGUCCGAAUUACAACAACGACGGGUCCGCGAAUUGUGCGAACUGGCACAAGAAUAUGAUCGCUGGGCAUCAAUUCUCGGCAUCCUUGUAUCAGAACUCCGGAAACAGUUACGCUGCCAUAUGGACUGGCUCGAAUACGAGUUCUGCGACAAGUACAGCGACAGCUUCACAGCGUCGCCUCUGUAUCCAGACGUCAAUGUUUGCAACUAUUCUCCCUCUCUCGGAGAACAUAUUCUAUGGGAAGCCGGCAUGGGACCCUACUACGAUGACGUCCGUCUCGGGCAUGAAGCGUUUGACUUGUCUGCUCUUGAUGAUUGGGCUCGUCUAGGUUGGUCGACGGCUGCGAUGAUAUACCUUGUCAACAUCACUGCCCAUUCUAAUGGCAUGUCUAAACUUGGACCAGACUUACCAAGAACCAACGUAACUGGCAGACCCCCACCAAUAAACGCAAAGACAACAAGUUUUCAGCUCGUCGAAGUCUCCGCCAACGACGAGGAUCAUGAAAAGCUGCCAUUGAAAGACCUGUUCCUCACCCUUACAAACAAGUGUUUCCAGCCAUUCACUGAGGAGGACCAGAGUCGAAUCUGGGGGCUGAUUAACAUGGAGCGUAGAGAAUCUGAGCCUCAAAGAGAAGAUGUCGAUGUGGAAACAAGGCACUUCAGCGGGGAAACCCAUCCCGAGGCCUACGCGAUUAGUUUCCACAUGCUAGCCAGUGCGAGGCGCAGGCUAGGCGCCAAGUUUACAGACGGGCAAGAGAAUGUUGUCUUUCCCCACAAAGAAGUGCUUGAUCUGUUCCAGGAGAACAUCACUAAUCUAGCGGCAACUGGGCGGUGUUGUACAGCUUGCGAUAGACUCCUCUGGUAUUACGGCAGGAGGUCAGGCUCUUGGGUCACGCACUCCGAAGAUCACCGUAUCUGGGUUCCAUGUUCUCUGCCUCCUUGGAUACCUCGAGACAUAGGCGAGUACAUGAUUGAGCUGGCAUACGACGAGUUGCAGUAUCGACUGCCAGAGAUGAUUGAUCAUUUCGAACUGACCAACGAUCUCUUCGAGGAGAGAAAAGCAAGAAAUAGUCAAAAGUAG